CUCUUUUCUGCCGCUGGCAUCCCUCUCUCCCUCUCUCACUUUCGGAAAGCAGGAUGAGGUGCAGGGCAUCUAUGUGGGUCUCUGGUUCCUGUCUGGUUCUGGUGCUGGGAUGGGUGCAGGCCCAGAGCCAAACUACUCCGAGAACCAACUAUACCAGGCCUGUGUUUCAGUGUGGGGGUCACUUCGUCACGGACUCUGGGUUUGUGGGUAGUGAGGGGUUCCCCAGCUAUUAUAAGCCCGACAGCAAAUGCACCUGGUACAUCACGGUCCCCGAGGGCAACGUGGUCAUGCUGUCCUUCCGGAUCUUCGACCUGGAGGCCGACCCACUCUGUCGCUAUGACUACGUGGACGUGUACAACGGGCACUCGUACACCAUGCAGAAGCUGGGCCGCUUCUGUGGAACCUUCCGGCCCGGCGCGCUCAUGUCCACCAGCAACACCAUGAUGGUGGAGAUGGCGUCCGAUUCGGGCACGGGGGGGCGGGGCUUCGUGGCGUACUUUAACGGGGCGAAGCCCCACGUGGACGAAAACCAGUUUUGUGGAGGAAGAAUGACCAAGCCGCAGGGUUCUCUGAAGACCCCGAACUGGCCAGAGAAGAACUACCCAGCAGGCAUCAGCUGCUCCUGGCACAUCACAGUGGAGCCUGACAUGAUAAUCGAAGUGAAGUUUGAGAAGUUCGACCUGGAGCCCGACAGCUACUGCCGCUUCGACUACGUGGCCUUCUUCAACGGCGGCGAGAAGGACGACUCGCGGCGGAUCGGGAGGUACUGCGGAGACCUCCUGCCCGGAGACAUAGUGACCAAUGGGAAUGAGCUCCUGGUCCAGUUUGUCUCUGACCUCAGCGUGACCUCGGACGGCUUCAUGGCGAGUUAUUCCAGCAUCCCGCGCGGCUCCAGGGAGCCGACUGUGGAGGGGGCCGCUGGGACGGGUCCCAACAUGGACUCUGCGCCCCCCAAACCCAGCGUCAAGCCCCCGGCCCCAGCCCGCCCGGCCCCCUUCACACCCAAACCCACAUCACCACCUCAGCCUGAGCCCACCACACCCAAACCCGCCACCAGGAAGAAGCCGCUCAACCCACCGCAGAACCCUCUGUGUAGAGGAGCAUGUACUCGGGCUGGAAACAUUCAGAGCAGCUUCUGCAACAGUGAAUUUGUGAUCACGGGAAAGAUCACGGCAGUGACCCCGGGGCUGAGGGGCAGCGUCAACAUCAACGUGUCGCUCAUCAAGGCCUACAAGGCCGGCCGACUCACCAUCACCCAGGCAGGGGAGGCCAUGUCUGUGCGCCUGCAGUCCACCUGCAAGAAGUGUCCCCUCCUGCGCAGAGGGAUGAACUACAUCCUGAUGGGGCAGGUGGAUGAGAACGGGCGUGGCGUUCUGGUCCCUGGCAGCUUCACCCUCCUGUACAAGGCCGCAGCGCAGAAGCACCUGACCAAUCUGAGCAGGCGCCCGUGCUGACCUCACAGCCCCCUCCCACACCCAGGGAACCGCCCCCAGAGCCCCCGACCAAUGAGAAUGUCCAAAACCCUACCAGAGACUUUCGCCCAAACAGAAAAAUCGCAGGUUACAACUCCAUCAAUGAUCCUGGGCCUUGUUUCACAAAGCAGGAUCACAGAGUUAGCUGGAUAACUGCAGAGUAAAACCCAAAACCCUCCCAAAUCUGGGACAUGGACUGAAGUGAAGAGCCAUUCUGGGUUUUAGUGGUUGUCCAGCUAACCCAGUGAUCCCGCUUCCUUAAACACCCCCCGCUCAGAGCCUCUUUGUGAGCCAAAGACUUCAGCCUUUAUGUACCGAUCUUCCUCCUCAUUCCUCCUCGUCUUCAGACUCCGCUGUCGUUAGAACGCUUCCUUCAGCAGCGACCUGUGAGGUCGUCACACCACACAGUCAGCAAGCCCGAGAGACACACCACCACAUUCCCCCGUUUAUCCUCCCAGUACUGAAACCUAUAUUUUGUAUUACUGUCAUUUUAUACACACAGAUGUCAUGCUAUAUUUGAUUGUAAUUUAUGAUGUCGUCUAAUUAAAGGGUUUAUAACACACCAA